AUGAUAUCACCAAAUCUGAAAAUUGGCGGCGUUCAAUUUGGGAUGUCACUCUGUAUCUCCAGGCUCGGUAUGCUCGUUGGAAAAUCAAUUGCAGGAGCAACAUUAGAUAUCAAUAGCGGGUGGAAUGGGCUACAAGCUUUCUGUGGAGAAAUGAUAUUUUCAUCUGGGGCGUUCGCUCUGUUGACACAAAUCUACAGGACUGGACCUAUCUUGAUGGCUAGAGCGUAA